AUGAAAAUUAAAAUAUUACGUUAUUUUAAAUUUUUCUUUAUUUUUUGUUCUGCUUUAUCAACUAUAUAUAUAUAUACAUACCCUCUUAUUUUAGGAUGUUUUCCUUUUAAACGUCUUUUUUCUGUGGCUCCAUUUAGGCUUUUAACGUUUGCAGAUCCUCAAAUAGAGGGUGAUGCCAAAAUCUUAAAUAAAGGACUAAGGGGUUAUAUUGAUUUAUGGGGCAAUGAUAUUUAUCUUUCUCAUAUUCAAUGGGCAAUGUCGACUUUAUUGUUUCCUCGACCAACACAUCUUGUAAUUUUGGGAGAUUUGAUGUCUAGUCAGUGGAUAUCAGACGAAGAACAUAGGAAAAGGGUUUAUAGAUUGAAUAAAAUCUUUAUGAGAAGACAGCCGUAUUUAGGUGUUUUUAAUGUCUCAGGGAACCAUGAUAUUGGAUAUUCAGGGGAAAUGACAAGAAAAAGAGUUAAUCGUUGGGAACGUGCAUUUGGAAGGGUGAAUGAUGCAUAUUAUUUUGAAACUAUGAUUCGGGGGAAGCCUAGACGGCUACGUAUUGUUAUCCUUAAUACUUUGAGUAUUGAUGAGCCGGUAUAUGACAAGUCUAUACGGCAGGAAACACUUGUUUUUUUAGAUAAAAUGGGAAAAGAGCAGAUACCGACAAUUUUACUUACGCAUUUGCCUCUGUAUAAGCAUAAAGGAUUGUGCAAGGAUCCUCCUUACGUUAAGUAUUAUGAGAAAGAUAAGACUAUAAAAGAACAAAAUCAUCUUUCCGAAAAUUCAAGCAAUUUAGUUCUUACAAGACUUUUUAAUCAUAUAUAUAACGGCGCUAUUAUAACAGGACAUGAUCAUGAAGGUUGUGAUUGUAUUCAUAUGCUUGAUGAUCAGGGAAUGUGGAUUGUGAAAAGGUUUAAUAAUGAAAAAGAAGGCAUACGUGAGAUUACAGUUCGUAGUAUGAUGGGACAGUAUGGAGGUUAUUCUGGCGUUUUCAGUGCUAAAAUAAACGAAGCUAGUGAUAAAUGGGAAUUUUCCUAUUGUUUAUACCCGUUUGUUAUAAAUCAAAUUUGGUGGAGUAUAUAUAUAUGUGAUUUUAUUGUUAUUUUAUCAUUUUUGUUUUCUUUAUUAAAGUAUAGAGGCAUAAAAUCAUUUGUAAGGCGACUGUUUAGAAAUAACUCAUUCUGGGAUUAG